GUGGUGUUGGGGGGUGGUGGGGGGUGGUGCCGAGGAGGCAAAAUCCGCGGCGGAGUUGCCCGCUGCGUGCGUGCGAGAGAGCGGAGGCCGCGUGAUCUCGGACGGAUCGGACUCGAGCGAGAGACGAGAGCACGAUGGCGCGACUGCCCAUCCCCGCCACCCUCGCCGCCCUCGCCGCCGCGUGCCUCCUGGCCACGCUGGCCCCGCCGGCGGCGCUGGCGGUGCCGGCGCUGGAGAAGCUGUCACGGCGCGAGCAGUCCCUGGGGGAGCGGCCGCUGGACAGCGACGUGGUGCACGGCCUGCAGUACGACCACGAGGCGUUCCUGGGCGUGGAGGAGGCGCGCACCUUCGACCAGCUCACGCCCGACGAGAGCCGCCACCGCUUGGGGAACAUCGUGGGGCGCGUGGACAGCAACGGCGACGGCUUCGUGACGGGCGCGGAGCUGCGCGCGUGGAUCGAGCACACGCACACGCGGCACGCGGGCGAGCGCGCCGGCCAGCGCCACCGGGAGUACGACGUCAACGGGGACGGCCUCGUGUCCUGGCAGGAAUACCGCAACACCUCCUACGGCAACACCCUGGACCCGGAGGGCGCGGCGCUGUUCCACGUGCAGGAGGGCGACCUGGCCACCUACCGCCACAUGCUGCAGCGCGACGAGCGCCGGUUCCGCGUGGCCGACCGCGACGGGGACAUGGCGGCCACGGUGGAGGAGCUCACGGCCUUCAUGCACCCCGAGGACUUCACGCACAUGGAGAGCGUCGUUGUCAUGGAGACAAUGGAGGACCUGGACAAGGACGGCGAUGGUGCCAUCAGCUUGGACGAGUACAUUGGUGACAUCAUGGGCCGGGGCGGGGAGGCCCUGUCCCCCGAGCCCGAGCCCGAGUGGGUACAGACGGAGCGCCACCAGUUCACCGACUUCCGCGACACGGACCGCGACGGCAAGCUGAGCUACGACGAGGUGCGCCGCUGGGUGCUGCCGCCGCCCGACUACAACCACGCGGAGGCCGAGGCGCGGCACCUCGUCUACGAGGCCGAUCGCAACCGGGAUGGGAAGUUGACGAAGGAGGAGAUCCUGGAGGCCUGGAGCCUGUUUGUGGGCAGCCAGGCGACCAAUUACGGCGAAGACCUCAACAAGCACCACGACGAACUUUAGCGGUGGGGGGCGCCCUCCCGCCCCCCUCCUCGCCGCUUCACUCACCACCGCUCCUCUGCUCUCUGACCCCACUGGCUUCAUCCGCCCAUCGCCGACGCUUCCAGCCCGAGGCAAUCGGCAUGUGGCGGGCGGAGGUUGCCGCGCUUUUCUGUAGUGGAAGCAGCAACAGCAGCAACAGCAGGAGCCACGCCAGCCUCUGAACGCGUGAAUAGUGCCGUGAAAAAUCUCUCCCGUGUGAAAAACAUCCGGCUCGGCUCGUGGGUGGUAGCUUUGAAUAAAUCGGUGGCACUAAACGAGAAGAAAUUCAACGUCGCCUUCACCCAGAGAGAUUUUUUGUUACACCCUAGGUCAGCCAUGCGGCAAAGCGUACGGACGCGUCUUGUCUCGUAAUGUAUAGGGUUGUCACAAUAUGAGCGAUACUACAAUAUAUAUCGUACCAUGUAACGUUCAUGACUAUCAUAUCAUUGUUGCUAAAUCUCGUAUCAGGAUCAUCGUUAGGUCAUUUUACAUUUGUUUACGGAUGUCAUUCUUCACGAGGGAUUUACAACUUAAUGAGCACAGUUGUUAAAGUUCUACAUAGUGACGAUCCAUUCAAAGUGCUUUACAAUAAUUUUUCAGAGUGAUUGAUGGCAUGGCGGUUUCAUGACACGAUGUUUAUAUUUCAUUUAAAUAUUUCUCGUGUAACUCACAGAAUGUGCUUUAUAAGCAUCGUAUAUUGUGAAGUUACAUUGAUGAGAAUAAUUGUGACUGGCUUAUGUUCAGCCAACUGCAGCCGAUGAACUUUUUAAGUCAUCUGGGUCCGUACCGGAUGUACAUACAGUAAAGCACAAUAACAAGAUGGUAAUGCAAAACACAACUGUUCUUGUGCUAAAGAGAUAUUGCCAUGAUGGUUACAUCCUCAAAGAGCACCGUAUAUUGUAUCGUAUUGAGAACUGAUAUCGUGGCAGUCCUGUCCACGUAGCGACUUUGUGCGAGGUGAGGAAGUUUCGCGCACGGAGUGGUGGGGUCGUGGUUUUGUUUGCGUAAGUUAUUGCAUGCCGCUGCUUCUUUGACAAGAAAUAAUCGCUUCUUGUGCGGUACGUUACUCUCAGGAGGCUGAGUAUUUGACCGGUGGAUUCCGACCUUUGUGGAUCCGCAGAACUGUGGCAACCCUCACAUUUUUUGCAAGCGUGCAGUAACAAAAUCCGGUGUUGUGAGGAAUAUAAAUAUGUUUAUACAAUCUCCUCACAGAUUUGGAAACCACUUCCCAUGGCCAGCCACAGACCACCGGGUGGUCCACCGACCGGAUUGGGAACCACUGGGAACCACUGCCAGAGAACAGCAGGAUGCAUUUGCAAUCUCGGCAGCCGGGGGGGGGGGGGGG